CGAAACUCUUUACAAAUUAAAUUGAACUACAUCAGAUCGGCUAGAGCAAUGAACGUGUAAGUAAUUGUAAUUGGUACCAUACUUGCUGACUUUUCUCCUACCUAGCAAUAAAUAAGUAAAGGAUCACCGAUCAUUCAAAUUUCAAACCUAGUGACCUUUUUGGAUCACACAGAUUUGGACUUUUCUUGAUUAAAUUAACUUUUUUGUUUGUCUCUUUAUUCAACCAAUCUAGACAAUAAAUUAGUUGGUUUCUGAACUAACCCAACAGUAUGAAGCAGAUUUAAAUCCCCCAUCUCUCUCUCUCUCUUCUUUCUCUAAAUCUGAGAAUGUCGAUGAUGAGCAGAAACCGAAGCAGCAUCGCCAUGGGAACAACUUCGUUUCUUGAGAUGAAGAAACAAGCUUCCUUUUUCCUCAAAGAAAAACUCAAAACGGCGCGUUUAGCUCUCACUGACGUCACUCCUCUUCAACUAAUGACUGAGGAAGCUACAGAUGGACAGUCAUGUGGACCAAACACACAAACCUUAGGAUCUAUUUCAAAGGCUGCUUUUGAGUUUGAAGAUUACCUUCGGAUCGUUGAUGUUUUGCACAAAAGAUUGGCAAGUUUUGAUAAGAGAAACUGGAGAAUGGCUUAUAACUCGCUUAUAGUUGUUGAACAUUUGCUCACUCAUGGACCAGAGAGUGUCUCUGAUGAGUUUCAAGGCGAUAAAGAUGUUAUCUCGGAGAUGCAGACUUUCCAACAGAUCGACGAGAAAGGGUUUAAUUGGGGAUUAGUUGUUAGAAAGAAAUCAGAGAAAGUUUUGAAGUUACUUGAGAAAGGGGUAUUGCUCAAGGAAGAGAGGAAGCGAGCUCGUGAGCUGUCUCGAGGGAUUCAAGGUUUCGGUAGCUUCAGCUGCAAGGCUUCAUCUCAUUGUAUGUCAGAGAAUGAAGUACUUCAAGAAUCUUCUUCAGUCUAUAGGAAAUGCAAUUCAAACUUUACCAAGUACAAUGAGGAUGAACAAGAAGAGAUCAACACAAUGGUUUCUCCUAAUGAAACCGGCAAUACCCCUCAGCGGUUAGUGAUUGGCGCGAACGAGGAACCUAGGAGGAGUAUGAAAGAAAAUAUGGAUCCUGAAGAAGAUGAGAACACAGAGGUAAACCCACUUCUUGGCUGUGUUAAAAAGGAGGGUCAAGAUCUAGCUGAAGAAGACGAGAACCAUCCAUUUACGGAUGGCGCAAGUAAGCAUAUCGUCUCAUUGCUUGAUGAGAACACAAACUGAAUAUAUAUAUAAAUGACAUCUUGGUCUGUAUAACAGAUUGAGCAGAGACCAGAGAAAAAAAAAAACUCAGAAGAAGAUAAUGUGUGUAUACAAUAUAUAAUAAUAAACACUCUGUUAAUGACUGUUCUGUUUUUAACUUGUUUUGCUUCAAAAGUAAGAUUAUAAUAAACAAUGACGAAGAAGAAUAAAAGAAACACAUAGAGAAGAAAUGUAAGUAGUGAUGGGGAACUGUCUGGCUUCAAGGUGAAAUGAUUAUCAAAUUUUUUACCGCACUUGUUUUACUUGUGAAAUUUUGAUCAGAAGCACUUCCUGUGGACAAUGGAUGGUCCAGAUUCGUCAUACUCGGCUUUCGCAAUCCACAUCUGCACCAGUUUUGUAACAGUUUAUACACCAAAACACUAAUAGUAUAAUAG